GAAAAAACGGAGAGGCGGAGCGGGGAGGCGGCCACCGCGGCGGAGGAGGCGGGAUUCCCGGAGGCGCCGGCGGCACCGUGGGGCCUCCCUCCCUGCCUCCCUCCGACCCCCGCUCAGCAUCGGGACACCGGAGCGAGAAGGCGUCUGAACUAACCAAUUCGUCACCGCCUCUUGCUGGAGAAAAUAAGAACUUUUAAGGAAGAGCCUUGAUCUCAUGAACGAAUCAACAGAUCUUGGGAAUGCAAGCACUCUGGAGCCAGUUAUACGGCUCAGGAAGGGACACAUGCCCAAUUCUGCUGGGCAAGAACAUGAUCAUAGCAACAAGUCCAGUGAGCAGGAACCUCUCUUAGUAGAACCAUCAGCAUCAUCUGAAAAGGAUUCUGGCAAAGAUGGGGAUGACAAUUCAACUCAGGAAGAUGAGGGCUUUAUGGGAAUGCUGCCUCUCCUCCAAGCCCACCAUGCAAUGGAGAGAAUGGAAGAAUUUGUAUGCAAGGUAUGGGAGGGCCGAUGGCGUGUCAUUCCCUUCGACGUCUUGCCUGAUUGGUUAAAAGACAACGACUACCUGUUGCAUGGGCACCGGCCACCCAUGCCUUCUUUCCGGGCUUGCUUUAAAAGCAUUUUCAGAAUACACACAGAGACGGGCAACAUCUGGACGCAUCUACUAGGAUGUGUGUUCUUUCUGUGUUUGGGGAUCUUCUACAUGUUCCGGCCAAAUAUGUCCUUUGUAGCACCCGUUCAGGAGAAGGUGGUGGUUGGAGUGUUCUUCUUGGGAGCCAUCCUUUGCCUUUCCUUCUCAUGGCUUUUUCACACAGUUUACUGCCACUCGGAAGGCGUUUCCAGGCUCUUCUCCAAGCUGGACUAUUCUGGGAUUGCUCUUCUCAUUAUGGGCAGUUUCGUCCCAUGGCUUUAUUAUUCUUUUUACUGCAACCCUCAGCCCUGUUUCAUCUAUCUGAUUGUCAUCUGUGUCCUGGGCAUUGCAGCCAUCAUAGUUUCACAGUGGGAUAUGUUUGCAACCCCUCAAUAUCGAGGAGUACGAGCAGGAGUGUUCCUGGCCCUGGGCCUUAGUGGCGUGAUCCCCACCCUGCACUUUGUCAUCUCGGAAGGGCUCCUCAAGGCUGCCACCAUGGGUCAGAUAGGGUGGCUGGCCCUCAUGGCCUGUUUGUACAUCACUGGAGCUGGCUUGUACGCUGCUCGUAUCCCGGAGAGAUUUUUCCCGGGCAAAUGUGACAUCUGGUUCCACUCCCAUCAGCUCUUUCAUAUUUUCGUGGUGGCUGGUGCUUUUGUGCACUUCCAUGGCGUUUCAAAUCUUCAAGAGUUCCGUUUCACCGUCGGGGGAGGUUGCUCAGAGAACGAGAUGGAGUAAAAAUCCGUCGGCCCCUGUUGAGGAUCAUAACCAAAACUGAACCAUGGGAGCAGUCCAUCCACACUUUGCCUACAAUAGUGUGGAAGCUUUGCAGGGAAUCUUAAGUAUAAGAUGGGAGAAAUAUUCAUACCUCAAACAAUGGAGUGAAUUGGUUCGGAAGACGUGGACAUUCUUAAAUCUUAAUUUAUUCCUGGGAUCUGCAACUGAAGCAAGAAAAAAAAACCCUUUCUUAAUCAGCUUACGUUCAAUGCCAUAUUUAUUUGUAGAAAAUAAGAGAGGUUAUCUUGGGGAAGAGCUUGGCAAUUUUUUCUUUUUUCUUUUUUUUUUUUAAAAUCUAGCUUAAUUAAGAUUUGUAUCUUGUUCAGGUAAAUUGAUUUUUAGAUGCCCUUUUGGGAGAAAAAAAUGUAAAUAAGAUUUCUAACUUUCUGUUUGAUUAAAAAGUUUCUAUAAAUGUUUUAAAAAUGGGGGGGGGAGGGAGGGAGAUGGAUUUUUGUAUUGGUUGCAACAUGCAAGUACCACACACUGUUUCUAUUUUGCACAAAUUCUUAAACGUGCAAGAAAGCUAGGUGAAACUCCUGAAAUCAGGCAUCUGGAUCCUGUAGAUUCUUCCUAAUUCUGGUGUGUACUGAUUGGCUCGAUCCAGGGGACCCAGCCCGCUGCCUACAAGGCCCCGAGAGCAAAGAAGAGUUGAUUGAUUGGCCUUUUCCAGAGGUGAAAGGGCGCCAAGGCCACGCCUUCUAAGCUCUCCUCUGGGGUGGUUUUUAUAAAGAUGCCUUCAUUGGCCUUUUGCUACAUUGGGGUUUGACGGCUUAAGGCACAAUGUGGCAUAUAUAUCCUGACCUUUUUUUGGGGGUGUGUGUGUCUCUCAUCAGUGUUUCACCAUUCUUUUGGGUGUGCUGUUUUGUUUAUCCAAGUGCAAUUGUUGGGUACCAACCUUCUAGGUGAUCUGGCCUGGGGUAGAAGUGGUCUCAUGAGGGGGGGGGGAUAGGAAGAACACACAAGAAAGAAUUUUGUUUUGUUUUGUUUUUAAAUCUAAGAAGAAGACUGGCUGUCUAUGUGUUAAUCCGUUAUGGUUUGUGUGUGUGUGUGUGUGUGUGUGUUGCUGAGUGACAGUAACACCACAGUUGUCUGUAUUACAUCCACUGAACUCUUGCGGGCUGCAAUAGUAACACUGCCAUUCUCUCCCCCCCCCCCUUUUCUUUUCUCCUGGGGCUUAAGACAAUACUGUGCACUAUUUUUAAUCAGUGAAAAGCAAACAGACCCCCACAGGAUAGACGUUUCCCUCUGCUUGUUAAAGUGCUUUGUGGCGAGAGAAAGUGGCCAGCGCUUUCAAAGGUUUCCCAUUGAAUGGACUGAGGCCAGGAGUGUUUGAAGAGGAGAGAGUUAUGACACAACAGAAGCAGUCAACAGGAGGAGGGAGAAGAAGUAUGCUUAUUGCUGAUGAGCAAUAUUGAAGCUAGAACACGGGUCCCUAAACUUAACAACUUUAAGACUUGUGGACUUCGACUCCCAGAAUUCUCCAGCCAGCUCUGCUGGCUGGAGAAUUCUGGGAAUUGAAGUCCACAAGUCUUAAAGUUGCCAAGUUUGAAGACCUCUAAUCUAGAAGAAAUACCUGAGCAAAAUGCAGGAUUCCUAGACUAGCCAUUGUCUCAACUAAUGUAGCCUAUAAGUGAAGUUAUCAAGGAUCGAUUGUGGAGCAAAAUCAUUGGUGGUGGUUUUAAAACGUGACCUUUUUAUAAAGGAAAUCCUAGGUCUUCCCCUCAGCUCUUCUACUGAAAUGGAUUCUUCUGAAGUAUUUUAAACCUGCAGGAGGUGCUUAACUGAUCCUUGUAGGCAAAUCCAAAUACAGAUGUGUUCAGGAGAGGAUCGGGAGACUAAAGACAGGUUAAAAAAAAAUUGCAGCCUCACAUAUUUCAGUGUGUUGAUCCCGAACUGAAAAAAAACAAACAACAGAACAGUAUUAACCGAAUCCCUUCAACCAAACUGGGGAACCAGUGACCAGAAACUUUGGAGUUUUGUGUUUAUGGAAUCGGCUGGUAAAAGGACAGCUUUACCUAAGGUGGGGAAGUGGUAAUACAUAUCACACCCAGGCUCACCUGUUUGAGAAGCACUUUUACAGGUGUAUCUCUAUAUAUACCAGCAGAGAAUAUAUAUAUAUAUCUCCCUACUCUGGAUUAUCCGUGCUCACUCUGAAUGUGGCACUUGCAAUCCAGUCCAAACAGCACAGAACUUGUAUAAACGACCAGGCAACAUUUUGCUGUCCUCAACACCCGAUCUUCCCCCUUUGAAGAUAUUUUGUAUCCCAAUAUGAAAACUGCAUCGUUGUGCACUUUUUCGGUGGUGCUUGCUGAGACUUCCUCCCAGGUUGGCACCUGAACGCCUUACUCUCAGCAACUGGAGGUUCAUUUUGCUUUCUUUUGGGGUGUGUGUGUGUGUGCGGGUGCGUGCAGGGUUCAGCAUAGCGUAGUUGAGAUAUACAGCUCCCCCCAUUAACUAGUGGCCUUGUUCAGUAUUUUCAUUUCCAAUUGCUCACUGUUGGAGGCAACAAAGCACAUCUUGGAUUCUGAAGAUUGGGGAGGGGUCUCCAGCCAAUGGGACCCCAUUACUUGUUGUAUUCUGAACUUCUAAUAAAAAGAACAAAUGUAAAGCA